UCAUUGGCAAUGGCGUCGUGAAGGAGGUGCUGGUGAAAUAAACCAAAACAAAUUAAUUAAUCGUUGUUUCUACAAUUGCGAUAAAUGAUGAAAUAUAUCAUUUAGUUCCUCAGAUUCACGAAUUCGAUGUAUAUACAGUGUAAUCUCUGUUCUGCAGUGUCAAAUAUUAUACGGAGAGAUCUCUGUGUAAUUCCUGCACAAUGAUGCGAAAUCUCUGCAGAUUCCUAUCGACAAUGGCCAGCGGACGAGCUAAGUUCUGUGCCCAGGGACAGCCUUUUACGGUGUUCAUCGAGGGCAACAUCGGGAGUGGCAAGACGACCUUCCUGAACCACUUCAAGAAGUACCAAGACUCCGUGUGCCUUCUCACGGAACCCGUGGAGCAGUGGCGCAACUGCGGCGGAGUCAAUCUCCUGGAUCUCAUGUACAAGGAGCCCUACAGAUGGGCCAUGCCCUUCCAGACUUACGUUACCAUCACGAUGCUGAACAUGCACGUGCACCCCACGGACAAGUCCGUGAAGCUGAUGGAGCGCUCCAUGUACAGCGCGCGCUACUGCUUCGUGGAGAACAUGGUGCGCUCGGGAAUGCUGCACCCAGGCAUGUACAACAUCCUGGAGGAGUGGUACAACAGCAUCGAGUCCAUGGUGAACGUGCAGGCGGAUCUGAUUGUGUAUCUGCGCACGGAUCCCGAGGUGGCCUACGAGCGCGUCCGGGCGCGCGCGCGCUCCGAGGAGAGCUGCGUGCCGCUCGAGUAUCUGCGCGAGAUCCACGAGCGCUACGAGAACUGGCUGAUCCACGGCCAACACCACCGCCCGGCGCCCGUGAUGGUGCUGGACGGGAACCUGGACCUCAGCCUGAUCGGCGACGAGUAUGUGCGAUCGGAGAGCAGCAUCCUGAAGCCCAUCCUGAUCGAGAACACCAAUCGCCAGCCCAUUCUGGCGUCGCCCAGCAAGCAGACCAAGGAAAACUUCUAGCAUUUGCAGCAUUUCCAAUUAUAACUUAUUCCCCUAGAAGUGUAUUUUGUAAGAGUGUGAUUUAUGCAGAUAUUGAGGAAUUUCUUGGGAAGGAUGUGUGAAGGCUUCCCCUGAUUUUGUGGAAUUUCAGAGGCAAUGAGAAAUAAAUUGUAGUGAGACGAACUUUUGUAAUAAAAAGUGUAACUCUUUAUCCUGAA